CUGACGGCAGAGGAGAGGUAUCAAAGGUUAAAGGAUACUCCAUAGGAUUUCUUCUUGAAGAUACUUACAAUGCGGAACAUGUUGAAGAAGAAUUGGUUGUGGAAUUUGAGGUUCUUGUAACUUGCGUGGAUGUCGGAUGACUGUUGAUGUUUGACCCUCCGCUUGGGCUCUUUAAAUAGUCAAAAAAGACAUCUCGGAACAAAGUCAUUUGAUCAGCGCCACGCGACAAACGAGUUUCGCCCACAAAAGAGUUCCGAUCCGAUCCGAUCUGUUGUUUCCUUCCGUUUCGUUGGGCUUUGAUCUGUUUUCCCGCCCAAAAGGUGAUCUUCGACAUAAACGUUCCUUUGUCAUGCCGUUUAGGCAUAAUCCCCUUUCAAUAUCACCUCGCAAUUGUCUGUCUGUCCGCGUGUGGAGUCUCUCGAAGGUAUUGAAAGGCAUUGUCAUUAUAUCGAUCGCCGGCUUCACGUGAGCCGUUCGAAGACGCCGAUGACCGUUGAGAACCAAGGCCGUGAAGACGAUGGGGAGUCUGGUGUGUGUGAAUACACCUUCGGAUUAAUCGACAGAUAAAUCUAUUCGCACAAUUAAACCAAAGAAUUAAGAUACAAAACACAAUUAAACUGGUUUGUGCGUGCAGCCAGAAGACACAUUUUUGGCCAUAUAUAAUCCCCGAUAUGAGGCUAAGUCAACAACAGUCAACAGACCUCUACACAAGUGACAGCAGCUCUUCUAACUUGAGUCUUCAAUAUCCCCAAACAUUCCAACAUGUUCCGCAUUUGUGCUCUGAUCUUCGCUCUGGUGGCCGUUGCCUCGGCUGCUCCUUCUCCAGGAUAUCUGGAGUACCCCUCCGCGCACUCCCACUACGGAGUGGCUGUGGCCCCGGUGGUCAAAGUGGUGCCCGUCGUGAAGCAGGUGCCUGUCGUGAGCCACGUCCCAGUCGUGAGCCACGUCCCGGUCGUGAAGCACGUGUCCGUGGUGCAGCACGUUCCCGUUCUGAAGUCCUACUCCCCAGUGGUCCACCAGGCAGUCUAUGCUCCAUCGUAUGCUCACUCCUACGGAGUGCCCUCCUCCUACGGCCAUCAGAUCUACCACCGCCAAUGAAAGUACCCCUAACAUCGAUUAGAACUGAAUAAACGAUCUACAAUUAACAUGAAAACGGGAAUAUACUUUAUUCUUGUGCAUCUUCCGAGAGUCUAUCUACACUUUCUCAUGGAUCUGCAUCUAAAAGCUGAAGAAGCAAUCUUCAAAGCCAUUGAAAACACUCUUCAGAUGCAUCUCUUGAAGUUCUUCCUCCCCAUAAGCCAUUAGUUUCUAUUACAGAUUUUCGUGUUCUUCGCACAAUCCAUAAACGCGAAAAAUAUCUGGCACACAAAUGUGUUUUUGUAGAAGCUCUAGUUUUAGUUUUUGUUUUUGUUUCUCUUUUGGGGAAUGAUAAAAGCCAAAUGUGCCUGGCGUUCCAGGCACCCAGCGGAUGGGAAGAUACACAAAACGCUAAAGAUACGGAUGCAACUGCUGCACGGCGGCAUGGAAUGGCAUGGAAUGGCAUUUGGCAAGAAGCUGUUCACAAAAUUGACUCUUUGCAAGUGAUUGAAAGUGAUUAAUGAGGCGAAGGCGAGGGAGAGCGGGAUGGAGGCGGAAGGAGUAGAAGACGGGGAGCACGUUGAGUGCACUCCAUGUGGCGUAUCUUUAAGAUACAUUUUGAACGGUAGUUAAAAAUCUUCUGACCAACACGCAAAGAAGGAAAAGAGUCUGAAUCUCUGGCAAAGUGAAAUGUCUGCCGUUGGCAUUGAAAACAAAAAAAAAAAAGAAAAACUUCUAUAAAAUGAAAAGCUCUUUGGCCCCUGCCGCCCCGCUACUGCGAUUUUCCAACGUUUACCUCCCCCCCCGUCCCCCACCGCUCCCCCCUUGGAUUUUCUCUGGCUGCUGGUGCUGCUGACCCACAUUUUGGCAGACAGAAAAAUUUAUUUGCCUUGGCUUUGGGCUCUAAAGAAUUGUUAACAACAAUUUAGUAGCUCUUCCACUUGCCCACUCCUCCCCUCUCCCGCUCCCCCUCUCUCUCUCUUGUCUGCUAAGUGUAUUUUAUUGUUUGCCAAUUGCUGUGUCUGUUGUUGUUGUUGUUGUCUUGUUAACGCUUUUUAUAGCCCGCUUUUUGCUUUUCGGCCAACUCUAUUUGUCGAGAGUCUUUCUCUCUGGCUACAGGCUGCCGCUGCCACUACCGCUGCCUCAGUGUCUCUCUAUGCAGAUGUAUCUUUCAGAUACAUUCAUUAACUUGUUUGCAGUUACAGUUGCAAUGUGCCCCUCCCUCCACUCCACUCCACUCGCCUCCUCCUCCUCCUCCUCUUUCGAGGUGAUUUAUGCUUUGUCCAGCUUUUGUUUGUUGUAUAUUUAGACAUUUCCUAUAUGUUGUCACCUCAAUUUUUUCUUCUCUUUUCCUUUUUGUACACUUUUUUGUAAUGCCCGCGCACUUGCUCAACUUUUCUGUGGAUUGUGUUUGAUAUACCCUGCACAGUAGAGGGCUUACCGCUGAGCAGGCGAUGUUUGUGGCACAGAGAAACGAGAACCCAGAGUUCUUCAGUCUUCUGUGCCUCGACAACAACGUUUGGACUGAUUAAAUUGGCUUUGAAAUGCAAAUAAAGAGGAUAUUGAAAACAUAAUGAUAAGAUAUCGUAUGCAUGAUCGUAUAUAGCAGCGUUUCGAUAAGAAAUAUCGGGGUUUUUUUUUUGUACGGAUAUAAAAUCGAGCUAAGAAAAUGUCUAUCCAUAUCAGAUUACUAUUUCAUAUAGGAACAAUCGAUUACUCUUUAUGGGUAAAACUUUAUUUUGUUGUAAAGGAAUACGUCUCACGCGGUCAUGCAGCGGCUCCCCUCGGUUGGUUGGACUGCAUUACCGGCUGGCUUGAGGCUUGGUGUCUCUUCGAUCACUAGGAAUCUCCUAGGGUAUCCAUUGGUUCGGCCACCAAACGUAUCUUUUCUUGUGUUAAUUUUUUGUAACUUUUUUUUGGGUUAAUUAAAAAACACAGAGGCAAUUGUGCAGUUAUGACUGGAGACUAGACUAGAGACUAGAGAGUGGACACUGAAGAGAGAGAGAGAGAGGGAGUGGGGCUUGAAAGGGGGAAGCAUUUUGAAUGUGUGAACAUGGAAGAUAAACCCACUCUGCCACUCACUCCGCUGCACUCCACUCCCUUGCACUCCACUCCCCUGCGAGCAGCGAACAUCAUUUCGUUAUGAACCAUGAAUAUGAAUAUGAAUAUGCAUUGGCGCUUGAUGGGGAUGGCUAUGGGCCGGAGCCCAAGAAGAAGUUGAAGGCGUGUCCCCGCAAUUAGUUUGAAGCCCAGGCCCUUCGAUGAUGCCCUGAGGGGCAUUUUGGCACGUUGUCAGAAUGAAGAGAGGGCCAGAGUGGGCGGAAGAGUGGACUUCAAUCAGGGAAUGGGACUGCGAAGGGGGAAAACUAGUUUCCUCCAGAGUAGAGGAGCAGAUCCUUUUCCAUCCAUCCCAACAUUCGGCUCUCUCUCUCUCUCUGUGAUCUGCUUUCCUCUCUCCUGUGGGGGAACCCCUCCCUGUGGGGCUCGUGUUGUGCUCUAACAAUCCAUCUGUGUGUGCCCCAAGUUUAGAGGCGGCUGCCACUCCAACUGGUUCUUUGUCAUCCAUCUGCCUGUUGCGGCUUACAAAUAAGGGAAAAACUUGUCAGCCUCUGCCGCAGCCACAGCGCGUUUUCCCCCGCUCCGGUGGGAUGGCUUCUUGGAAAAUCCAGAGGCCAACGCGAAAGAAUCUCCUCUAUUUCCUUGGGAAAUAUCUGUGGCAUCUGAGAGUGCGCUGAAGAUUCUUCCUGCUCUCGUUUCCAUCUUCUGUUUCGAGUCGUUGUAUCAAUUUUUAAUGCUUUUCUAUGGCGUUGUCUGUUUCUCGCUCUGUGAUCUACUUCGAGUGCCUCAAGAGGAGCCUCUUUCGUUGCAUUUGGAGGCCCAGGCACGCGUGCGAAAUCGAUGCAGGAAAUCCGAUUUGUGGUAAAAGUUUUUUAUCUUUCUUUGCGCCACUCCACUGCACUGCACUCCCCCUCUGCCACGGGCAGAGCUCUUGCUCAUUUAACUUUUGCUUUACUUUAGUAAGCUGUCGUUUAAAGUUGUUUGAACUAAGCUGAAAAAUAUGUGCAUACAUCGGCUCCGCCGCGCCCGGGUCUUGUGUGGCUUCCACGAAAUCAAAGACCGCUCUGCGAGCAGUAGGAAGUAGCGGCAGGCGAGGCACCUCUGUGGCUAGUGCCACAAGGGUUGUCGUCGGGGUUAAUCGUUGGUAAACGCCUCGAGAGAGGUCAGUGGCUUACCAGGCGCCCACAGACCAAGGAUAUUUGAGCUGGCUCCGCCCAAGAACUAAUGGGGAGAUGAGGAGUGUUUUUACUGCAAAAGAAAUCGGGAAAUUCCAGUGGAUGGCGAGGGAGGAAAGAAAUAAUAUCUUAAGAGAUUCUUCUUUGGGAUCCAGAAGAUCCAUCUUCUUUGGAGAACUUCUAGCUCUAUCAAUGGAUACUUCUUUCGAUUUGAAACGUGAUCUUUUUGGAGAUCUUUGAUCCAACUUUGGCUCACUUUUGCCCCUAUAGAUCUGUGAUCUGUACUGUGGGUAUUUCUUCCAUCUAAAGAUCUCUCGUUCCCUGACGAUCUCUCUCUCUCUCAUUCACCUUUGGGUCUCUUUUCUCUUGGAGAUCCGUAGAUUCUUCGCGGUGAAGUUCUCUCUUUUCUUGUAGAUAUUUCUUCCUUCUGAUGCCCGCUUUUCUCUUGUAGAUUUCUUAGGCUUAGACUUUCAUUUCUUCCAUCGACCACUGCCUCCCUCCCCCCCUCAAAUCAUUGUACAGCUCCUCUUUCGCCUUUCGAACUCCAAUCAUCAUUAAAGCUAAAAGCCAAAAGAGCCUCCUCCUUCGACAAUCUGAUCGAUUUAUGCAAAUGAUACUCUAAUCUUUGGAGCCAGCUUUUCUCCACUUUCGUGUAAUCUGUGGAGCCAGCUUUUCCCCACUUUCCCAUCAAAGAAUAAAGACCAUUCGUCAUUGUGGCAAACAAAGAUCUUGAAGAGGAUUCCUCUCUCUCUCUCUCUCUCUCUCUCCCAUCGAUGGAUCGUCUAAUGAUGUUUACCCUCAUUUAUCCUGACUCCUGACUCCUGCCUCUGCGAUGCGGCUCAGAGGCAAGCUCAGGCGACGAUCUAUGAUUCUUGUGCCUCACCUCGAAGCUCUUCUUGUGAUUCCAUGCCGCACACUCCACGCUCCACAGUACAGACUCCACGCUGAGUGGGUGGCGGGAUCCUCCGUUAUGUGGAGAGGCAGAGGCUGAGGCAGAGGCCUACAGCUGCGAGAAAUUGCGGCUUCAACACUCGACACAACGUGGCUUAAUGUAAAGUGCCGCUAAAGUGUACGCGUGGGUGGGCCCCACAGACGAAGACUCCACUCCAGUCCACUCCUCUCCAGACUCUGUGCUUCAUUAACACCAAAAGACUUUUGCUUGACUUUGGGAUCGGAUCUCUUUCCUCCCCUCCUCCUCCCCCUCCUCCUUCUUCUUCUCUUUUUGUGGACGAUUAAUCUUAAACCAGAAGGAGCGCCGCCGCCACAGAGAGAGAGAUAGAGAGAGAGAGAGUGAGAGAUCUCUCUGCCAUAAUCCACGUUUUG